AUGCAGGUGGCGAGCGUUCCCUACUCUGCUCCUAUUCCCCAUUCUCAUUACCACUCUUACUAUCAGCUACAUCCACCAGGGCCUCAAGACCAUGAUCUCAAACGCCAAUAUCUCGCUCUCCUACCACCCCACCAAAUCAUCGAUCUCUGCCUCAAUUUCGACAUACAUCUCCCCCCUUAUAUCAAGAGUUCUCUGUGGCCUCCAGAUAUCAAUGCUGCCAUUGCAAAAUUGCGAAAGGAUCCCCAGGUAUCUGCUGAGCCAUCAGUCGAAGAAUCUUCCAAAGAUGGCGAACCAGCAGUUAUGGAUUCGUUAAAAUCACCCUCAAGAUCAGAACCUACUCCAGCUGCUCAAGGCGUCGUUUCGCCCACAGAACCACGGCCGCCAGACAAGGAGACGCCUCCGGCAACAUCAGAGCCGUCCUCGUCCACAACCUCUUCCGCUCCUGCAACCGAAUCUCCAGCAGCAUCCCCUACUCAGACCGCACCAGCGACUUCCUCAAAUACUACUCCUGAUGUUGUUCAACCAGUUGCUUCUACAUCUACCUCGACUCCUGCUCCGACUUCUGCUCCUACUCCCCAUCCUGCACCUGCUGUAGUACCUCCAGUUCACCCUCAAUAUCCUCAUCAACCAUACGGGUAUGGACAUCACCCACAAGCCACAUAUCCCAUUGCUCCCUACUACGCUCAACCUCCAGGCGGUUACUCUUAUCAAUAUGCGCCAUACGCAAACCCCAUGCAAACCGCUUACCAUUCACAACCACCUGCCACUUACCCACCGCAACCAUCGAUUUAUAACAGCAUGGUUCCGAUUCCACAUCCUGUUCAGCAGCAGCAACAACAAGAUAUUGUCAAUGGCGUGGACGAUCUUCCGAGCUAUGAAGAAAUGAUAGUUGAAGCUUUAACAGGUUGCUCGGAUCCGGAAGGUUGGGCACCGAAGGAUCUUUUUGCUUGGAUGGCUUCGAGAUAUCCGUUACAGUCAAAUUUUCGACCGUCUGCAAGUCAAGCCCUUCAGAAGGCUUACAGGCGUGGUCGGUUCGAUAAAGGUCCAAAUGGGAAGUAUAGAUUGAAUCCUUCAUGGGAGGGAGGCAAUACAACUCGCAGGACUACUCGUCGCCCACAAACCCAAAAUGCGUCAACCGCCCCUACUGCAUCCACACCUGCACCUCCAUUUACUCAUGCACCUCUCGUGCAUCAUCACCACGGCCAUGCUGCGACUCCUUCAACUCAGCCUGCCCCUCAACCGCCAUAUUCGUCCCAGCCUUAUGGGUAUCCCCCAUACGGAUAUCCUGGCUACCCUGCCCAGCCAGCGGCUUCUACAUCGACGGCACCUGGCACCAUUGCCGGUGCACCCACUUCACCAUCUGCGAAUAAGGCUACUACAGAAACCUCAGCGGCUUCAGCACCAGCUACAGAAACAGACUCCGCUGAUGCCUAUGAAGCAGCCCAGAAUAUUCUCAGUGCCAUCAACUUCGGAAGCAUGUAUCAACUACCACCCGAGGAACGACAAAAGGACGGCCAACCUAAGGACGACCAACCUGCUACUGAGACAAGUGAAGAAAUAACCGACAAUGGAGUUGAGCAUCUACUCUCUCAUGUACAGGCCAUGUUGGCCAGCAAUGCUGCAUCGCAGUCUGGAACUACUGCCCCUGCUUCAGCACCAUCGCUCCCUCAGCCGACGAAUGGAACUUCCCCCGAAGAUCCUCGCGCCGAGCUACAAGCGCAACUUGCGCUUUUGGCUGCUCAACUGGCCGAGCUUGCUCAAGUGGAAGAUUCACUGGCAAGGCAGGUUUCUCAGCCUCAGCCUCAAUUGCAGCACACUGCCCCUGCACCAAUUGCUCCCUCUUUACCACAACAAAUUCCACCUGCCUCUGAACCCGCACCAGUAUUUCAAAAUUCAUCUUCAUCUAUCGUUCCUUCCGAACCUUCUGCACACAUUCACGCACCUACACCCGUGGUGGCACUACCCCAAGUUGCUGAUGUUACUACUGAUGACGACGUCCCUGAUCCUUUGCCUGAGGAUGAUGACAGCGACGACGAUGAUAUGGAAGAGAUCAUUUAG